AGUAAUUUAUUAGAUCAAUUAAAUCUAAGCAUCAAUAAAUGAAGAUGAUCAAAUAGUUAAUACAAUGCUAAUAAUAAUGAAGACGAUCAAAAAAAAAAUACUACCGUUUAGUUUUUUGUUUUAAAUUAAUUAGCAUUAUUUUUACUACACAUUAUUGAUAUAAAGCAGCUUCACCAUGAUUUCUUUGGGGUUAAACUUUGAUUAAUUUUAUAAAACAAGCAAAAAUUAAAAUAAAAUUAGUAUCUACACAAUUAUCUCGCAUGGCACCUAUGGCACUCAUUCUCGAAUGCCUGUACCUGCCUAAUUAUUUCUCCAUUAUUACUGAAGAUUGCCAUUUAUGGUUCCUGACCAGGAAGCUUCCUCAUGUAUUGCAGUAUAAUGCAAUACUUACACGUUGCUAUGUAUGCUUUUGUGGUUCCAUGGUAGUCUUUCAUGACCUCUCAGCCAAAUGGAGCAGUGUAGCAGCCCCAUUGUCUUGCUUCUGCUUAUUGAACUUCUUCUACAACUACUUAUUCAAACUAGUAAUUCUCAGCUUCUCCCCAUAGUCGAUGAUGUACUUGGAUGCCAUGGCACACAAGUGUACAUCAUUGAUGUCCAGAGACAUGAGCAGCAUAGUCUCCUCAACGACGGUGACCUUGAGAGCUUUCACCGUUCCUUCCUAACAAACUUCACCCUCGGUUCUGGCGAGCCAUGGCUGGUACUGUACUCUUACCAUCAUGUUUUCAGCGUCUUUGCCGCCCGCCUCACUCCGGGAGAGUUGGAGGUCGUCAAGUCUAAACCCGACUUUCUCUAUGCGCAAUGCGACCGCCGCUAUCAUCUUGCGACAACAGGGCUUUCGCUCGGUGACCGAACUGCACCGUCUCCGACCGGAUCUCUUCCAGACCGCCGGCUUUUCUUCCUUCUCCGAGCUCGAAGCCAACCCGACCUCGCUGACUUUCCACCCCAUCCACAAGCCAGAGCCGUCGACUGAACUCCUUCACCAACCGAAGCCUGCCGAGUCCGGCUUCCAGGAAUCCUUCGUCGCCGCCGAUCCCAGCGUCUUCCACGGAAUCCCGCCGCCGGCCUGAAUCCCCGCCGACGAAGCCGCAGCACACUGCCGCCGUGCGUGACCUAGCCCAACUCCUGGCUUUCCUUCCCGAUCUC